AUGGUAAAUAUCAAAAAUACAUUAGCCCAUGUUUACGAUAAAUCCAAACCAAGACAUACUAAUUUAUCAUCUGACUUAGAUACCGAUCUCAAAGAAUUAGAAACCAUUGAUAAAUCUAUCGGUCAAGAAAAAUUAAAAACUGAUGCGGAAAUCAAGAAACUCCAAGACGAGAAAAAGAAUCUAGAAAAUGAUAUUACAGCAAAAGAUGCCCUUAUCAAACAAAAGGACGAAGAAAUCGGCAGCAAGAUUACCAAGGAUUUAGUGGAUAAAUUACAAGCCGUCAGCCAAAUGGACUUAAAAAAACAGCCCAAAAAAAAUGCCGAUGGAACCGAUAUGAAGGAUAAAGAUGGCAAUAUCAUUUAUGAAGAAGUAGUGGAUUUAUCGCCCCUAAAAAUUCUGCUGGAAGAAAUAAAAACCAAAGGAGCCAAAGUCGAUGUCAGCAGUUUAGACAAUAAGUUUAAAGAAGUAAAAGACGAGAAUUUUGCUGAACCUUACUAUUACUCCUUUAUUAGACUAAAAGGCCAAUCUAUCGAUCUGCCCGUAAUAUUCAAAAUUAAAACGGAUAACCAAGAACCCCCACUAAAAAAAGGCACUCGGAUAGAAUUAACGGGCAACUAUUCUAAUUCCGAAAAGAAUGUCCGCAAAUCCUUCACCGCUUAUUCUUACCAACUUUUAAAUGAGAAAAGAAUCCGCAAAAAAUGUAUCGGUUGCUGCGAUACUUUUACUUGCUACCAGUCCCAGAAUUAUGAUUACUGUAAAAAUUGUGAACUCAACGGGAGCCGUUAUGUCCCCCGGGAAAACAAAUGCUCCGAAUGUGGAGAUGAAUACACCAACAAUAAAUCAGUAAAAGAAAUGACAACUAGACAAUUAAAAACGGCCAUUCAAAAAGAUAUUGAGGAAUUAAAAGAAAUUUUGCCCUUGGAACCCAACCCUGAUGCUUGUGGAGGAUUGUUAGAAGAAAUUGAUAAAAUAAAGACCGUUAUUGAAAGCCAAAAUGGACUAAAUGAUAAAUUGGAAGAAUGGACGAAUACGAUUAGACUUUACUUAAAUAUUUUGGAUAAAUUCCCCUCCGAAUUUACCACCCAAAGUUUAAGAGAAUAUUUUAAAAUUAACCUGAAAAAUUACGAAGCCACCAGUUUAAAAGUUCAACAACGAGCCUUUAAUUCUUAUAUCAAAUUUAAGAAAUUAGAGAGAAAGUUUUAUGAUACCAUUAGCGAAGGAGAAUUAGAAAAGUUGAAAUUAGCCAAAGCUCAAUUAUUAACUAUCCAACAAUUAUUAGGGCAUAGUAGCGUUCAGACCACCGAAAACCAAAAAAUCAAAGUUUUUGCCAAACUUUCCCAAGACGGACAACCUAUUUAUUACCGCCAUGACUUCGCCAAAGCCGAUAUUAUUAAUUUUCAAUUUAGCCCUGAGGAUAUUGUGGAAAAAAAUGAAAAAGGCUGA